UAUGACAAACAAGUCUUAUUGGGGGACAUAUUUGAAUUUACUGAACAUGUAAAUAUUCACGUCAGAUAAAAACAGCAGGAUAUACUACUCAUAAAUCAUUGUAUUGGCUAAUAAAAAGUCUAAGAAAUGUAGAAUAAAGUGUUGCAGUGUGGAUAAUUAGAUGUAAUUAUUUAGUCAUAACUUGAACUGAAGCACGAAUAUAUAUUAAAACAAGCUGCAGUUUCGUUUAGGAUAAAAAAAUCGGGUCGUGUUUGUUAUGCAAGCUGCAGACUGAGUGGUGUUUUCUGUCGCCCCCUGGCGGUGGAGACGCUGCGUGUUUCUGCAAAAUCACGUGAUUUCGAGGAAACGGGCAGCUGGGCUGAGAGGAGCGAAGCUCUGCUGCUCCGUCACUCAGUCUGCAAGGCGCCGCUGAGGAAACAUAACCAAGCCGUUUUAAAGGGGAAUCAUGGCAGCAGGAAGGAUGAGAUCCACCCGCAGACUUCGCUCAUGGAUAGUGGAUCAGGUGAGCAGCGGGAAGUAUCCAGGUGUGAUGUGGGACGACGAGGCCAAAACGAUGUUCAGGAUCCCAUGGAAACACGCAGGGAAACACGACUUCCGUGAGGACGAGGACGCAGCGCUCUUCAAGGCCUGGGCCGAGUUCAAAGGGAAGCUGGGGAACGGAGAGAAGAAUCCUGCGGCGUGGAAGACGCGUCUUCGCUGCGCUCUCAACAAGAGCCCCGAGUUCAAGGAGGUGAUGGAGCGCGCCCAGCUGGACAUCUCAGAGCCGUACAAGGUGUACCGCCUGGUGCCCAUCAGCGAGCAGGGUGUGCUGCUUCCUGAGCCGAAGGUCAAAGAGAAGAGCAGCAAGAAGCUGAAGAGGAAGAGCAGCAGCUCGGACUGCCAGGUCAAAAAGAUCAAAACUGAAGAGGUCACCUCUCAGCUGCAUGAAGAGGAAGAGGACCAGCAGCAGGACAGCCAGCCGGUCCAGUCAGACGGACCUGCCCAGUGCACCACGCUGGAUGAGAUCAGGCUGGACGUUCGGAUCGAGGAGAGCGUCCCGGCCAACACAGGAGACCAAGACUCCUUCAGCGUGACGGUUCAUUAUCUUGGCCAGGAGGUUCUCAAACGUCAGAUCAGCGGCCCCGAUGUGCGCAUCGCGUAUCUGCCCUCCUCGCCCGCCCCCCCGACUCCUGCCGCCCUGUGCCGCUUCCCUCGCAUCCUGCUGCCGGAGCCGCCGUCCGCGUUGCCGGCGGGCGAGGAGCUGCAGGCGCUGUUCACCCUGCUGCCCUUCAUGGCGAAGGGCAUCGCGCUGACGUCCACGCCGCAGGGGGUGUACGGCAGGCGGUUCUGCCAGGGCCGGAUCUUCUGGACGGGGCCGCACACGACCACGCCGGGCCUCCACCGGAUGGAGAGGAACAUGGAGUCGGUGCUGCUGUUCAGCAAGGACAUCUUCAAGCAACAACUGGACUCUUUCCGAGCCAACGGCGGCGAGCCUCCUCAGUGCAGCUUCACUCUGUGUUUUGGAGAAGAGUUCAGCAACACCGAAGAUCCGUCUCGCAAACUGAUCAUCGCGCAGGUUUCCCUCCCGUGGGCGGAGCAGCAGGUGGAGAACGCGCUCUCCGUCUUCAACACCCUGUCGGUCUUCCGGACCUUGGCCAGCCAGUCUCCGCUGGGAGAAAUCACGCUGAACCUCGUCACGGUGCCGUCGCCGUCCUCCGAGCUGGACGCCUGUCAGACCAACUGAGAGUCUCCAAGAAACUCUGAAACAUUCCCAGCUUUCAAAAUAAGAGCCUCUGCUUUCUCUGCACGCGAAAAAUAAGACUUUGAAGCACUCAAAAGAAAAAUCCGUUGAACUCUGGAGCUAAAUCGGUGACGUUUGGGGUUAAAAAAAUGGAUUUUCUUCAUUUCCUGCGGGGAUCGGUGCGUUGGAAACACUACAGGAAAAGCCAACGGCAUGGAGAUCAUGUGUUUUAGAGAAAUUUAAAAAUAGUUUCUCUAUAAAUCAGUUUUUAUUGUUCUGUUGGUGCUUAGAGCCCAAACACUCUUUUAAAGGGACCAUAAAGUUAAAAACAGGCAUGUUUAAGGUACUGUACUCCAAUCAUAGCAUAGAUUAAUAGUUUUAGCUACUUGUUAUCAUCCAGACUGAUUAUGAAACAGUCUUAAAGCUGAGUUUUAGUUUAAAACACUCGUUUUAUUAAAUAAAAGACUUUCACUGUGAACUUCAUUAUUACAGCAGAGAUCACAUCCAACAGUUUUUCCUUUUCACAAUUCCUAAAUCUUCCCUCAUUCACUGGAUUAAAUUAUGUAUGGCUAAGAAGUAAAGCACAAUAACAACCAUGUAAGUCAAAUUACUGUUUUAGCCUCAAAAACACAGAUUUCUAUUUCAUUUUAGGGAAGCUCUAACUUUAGUAGAUUAUUAUUUAAAGGCUGGUUUAAGAAGCUCUACUCAGAUUUGAUUUGAUUAUUUCUGGCUGGAGGUUGUGUUAUGAUGCCACGUUCAGGGCAUCUGUUCAAGAAAAAAUAGUUUUAAAAGUUUGUAUUUUAAUAAUUUCUCAAAAAAAGAUUGCAGUACCAAGUUAGUUUUUGUUCAGUUUAGAUGGUAAAAGUUUACAAAUAGCUGUAAAGCAGGCAGUGGAGUGUAGAUUAAAAAAAUAAAUAAAAAUGAGGCCAUGGAGGAGAAAGUUUCAGCGGAAAAACUCCGAAAUUUUGAGUAAUUUCACAUUAAAUUUAAAGUAUUAAAACAAAGAUAUUAUAAUGUCAGAAAUUUGUAAGAAUACGGUCAAAUUUUUCAGAAUUUUUUUUUUAAAUUGGACAUUUGUAACAGAAAAUAGUGGAUGUUAUCUAAGAUUGAGUCGGUACAUUUAGGAAACAAACAUCUGGAUGUUUUCCAGAGUUAAAGGGAAGAAUCCGGGUUGUUUUCCUGGACCAGAACGUCUCCUGGAGACCCGGUUCUGGUCCAG